GCCGCUGCAGAUGAAGCGAGGCAGCAUGGAGCGCCACAGGACGCGCUGGAGAGUCUCACCGAGGCGGCCGCCGAACGCUCACUUUGGGACUUGUUUCUAAGUCGCCUUCAGACCUACGCGGGGAGCUGCGGCUCGGUCCAACUCUCACUUUAUCCACCGACUGUGCGUAAGCUGACGGCGUGGCGCAACAAUUUCAACAGAAGGGGAAAAAAACAACAACCACUAAAAACAACAACAACAACAAAACGGACCGGGAGGUGAACCGGGACCGGACAUGAAUUGGAGGUCCUUUUGGACCACACGUCUGAACGUUUCACUUUGUUUCGGGAUAACAAAGUGGCCGCUGGUGUGCGCUGCCUAAAGAAUAAGAAACAAUCAAAUAAAACAAGACACCCACUUGUUCCAUGUCAUAUGCCAUCACAAGGACGAGUUUUGUCGAAGGAAACUGAGAACGGCUCGGAACAAUGGUCAAGUUUCACAACUCGGACCUAUGGAUAGCCUGGUUGCUCAUUUUCUGCAUGGAGGGUUCAAGGUUUGACAUGCUCACUGGAAAAGUGAGCGUACAGGCACUGGAUGUGAUGGUGUCACAGAGCAGCAUCCAGGUAGCCCGAGGCCAAGCAGCCGUCCUGCCUUGCUCCUUCACCACCAGCGCUGCGCUCAACAACCUCAACAUCAUCUGGAUGGUGAUCCCGCUCUCCAAUGCCAACCAGCCAGAACAGACAUCUUUGCAGUCAAAACAGGUGAUAAUCUACCAGGGCGGCCAGGUGUUCAGCCUCGCAAACCACCUCAAUGGUCGUGUGGGGUUUGUGUCCACCAUGCCAAGUACAAGUGCCUCCAUCUUCAUCAACAACACCCAGCUGUCAGACACAGGGACCUACCAGUGUCUAGUGAACAACCUCCCGGACAGAGGGGGGCGCAAUAUUGGUGUCAUUGGGCUCACUGUGCUAGUGCCCCCUUCGGUGCCAGCAUGUCGAAUCCAGGGAACGCUGGAUGUGGGCAGUGACAUCAUGCUGUUUUGCAACUCAGAUGAAGGUAUUCCAACACCGUCCUACUCGUGGGAGAAGUUAGACGCGCUGCCCAAGCUGCCGCACAACGCCAUGCAAGACCAGAUGCAGGGCACUGUAACACUGAGAAACAUCAGUACCAGUACCUCAGGACUCUACCAGUGCACCUCCAGCAAUGCCAUUGGCAAGAGCACAUGCCUGCUCAAUCUUCAGGUUCUUGCACCUCAGCCUCAAAGUGUGGGUCUGAUAGCGGGGACCAUUGCUACUGGAGUGCUGGCACUCAUCAUCUGCUGCCUGUUAGUGGUGGUCACCCUCUACUACUGGAAGAAUAAGAACAAAUACGAUGAGGAGGAGAUCCCCAAUGAAAUCAGGGAAGACGACCUCCCACCAAAGAGGUCCUCGUCCGUGAAAGCGUUCCAUGCCGACGCCUCAUCAUCGGAGAACGACACCCUGACCUCCACCAACACCUACAACAGUCGCUACUGGCACAACCCCAAACCCAACUACGACACCAACUCGUACACACGCUACAACGGAGACACACGGCAGACCUUCGCCACCGCGCUCCAUGGCACACAUGGACACAGACAGUCCCAGAACCCGGCACACAGCUCGGCAGUCGCAGCAGCGCCGGGCUCGGCCCCGCUGUCUCGCCACACUCAGCCCGCAACUACAACAAUUUCCUGCUUUGCCAAUGGCAGCCACACACUCCCGCCACCCAAGACCCUGGUGGUCACCACAAACUCCGCCCCAUCCCCCCCCACCAUGGUGCGCAGCAAUGGCUCCGUGAGCCUAAAGCCGGUGGUGACGCCCACCCACGGGCAGCACACGCACUCCUACGCGGUGAGCCAGGCCACGCUGGAGCGGAUGGGGGCGGUACCAGUCAUGGUGCCCGCCCAGAGCAGAGCAGGCUCGCUGGUCUGAAAAGCUGUUUUGCGUAACGCUUUCAGAACAGGACUUGGUUAGUUUUUGUUUGUUUUUUAAAAUCCAAUGAUGAAAACCAAACUGAAGAUGGGCUGAAACAGCCUGCUGCCCUUUAGUUUGCUAUUACAACUGUGUCUUUCUCUAUUCUGUGUGCUGUUCUUUUGUUGUUGUUGUUUUUUAUUCUAAAAACAAAGUAGGAUUUUGCAGUGCAGAGUUCAUAUAAUGCCAAUUUAUUUAUUGAAAUGAUCCUACCUUUUUAUUUGGAAGUCGAAGACUGGAAUCAAAUCAUCCCAUUAUUGGAGUUAUUUUCUUGUUUUAGGGUUUUAAAAUGAUGGAACCGUUUGUUUGUUUGUUUGUUGAUCUGUUUUCCCCAAAACGUUGCAGGCAUUUCAAUCUCAGUGUGUCGAGACUGCAGGAUUGGACUGGAGUGAACUCAAUUUUCCUUCAUAAAUGCAUGUGUUUUCUUUUUUGCCACAGUUUGCUAAAAUAAUUCCAUAAUGAUGAUCCCGAUGAUGGUAAGAAUGAUUAUGCAUUAAAAAAGUGAACGUUCCAUUGUCCGUUGGAAGCUACAGUACUUUUAGAUGAACGUACAGUGUACAAGAAUGAUACAAUGGUUGCAAUGGCCUUAGAAGAGAAGAGAAUGACAGGCUUUAUAGAUGCAAUAUGCUGCAUCAUAUACAUAAUGAAAUGCAAAUGUUUAAAUUGUGUUUAUGCACUUUUUUUAGCGCAAUUUCGACAGCCUGCCAUCUUAAGAACGGUCUUAGUGAUAAAUUGCUUUAGCCUGCAUAUUUUUUUUUUCCUUUCUUUCUUUUUGUCCUAAUCUGGUCUGUCACCUCUGUGCUACUUUUAGGAAAUGAUGUGUUAUUGAAUAAAUGCUUUACAAAAGAAAAAUAUAUAUAUUUAAAGAUGAGGUUCCCCCCCCCCCCUUCUAAAAAGGCAAGCAUCUAACUUUUUACUGUACAUAUUGUAACUACAACUGUAGGCUAGAAUCUAAGGAAACAUUUCGAUUGGACUCGUGUCUUAACAUUUUGUGGCGUCGGAGGCACAGAAAGGAAAUAUUGUUGAUUCAUUGAAAGGAUCUUUGUUUUUAAUUUGUAGCUUUAUUUUCCUCACAAAUAUUGCCAUUUUUUUAUUUCGCAAACCAGGUAAAUACAGUCUGUUUAUGCUGUAUAAAUCUAUAAUGUGUUUAAUUUUAACCAAAUUGAGCAACUCAGCUUUGUCGUUUCUUGUGUGUUAACUUCAUGCAAUAUACUAAAACUUUAUGCCACAAUUAUUUGAUAGAGUUCAUCCUUUUAUUUGUAUUGCAGUUUCAUGGAUAUUUUAAGAUUUGCAGUUGAAAAAUGCAAUCUCAUUACGUCUUUGAGACAAUACUUCAUUGAAUUGAGCCACUGUCAUCAUCUAGUGUCAUCAUGUACGAAUUAUUUACACUGGGUUGAAACUGGAUCUGACUUAGAAUUCUGUUUAUAUCUCAUGUAUGUACAGUAUGUCCAUGCAGUCAUAAAUGUGCAUGUGCCAUUCUUCACAGAACGACGAAAACGAGAUGCGAACAGUUGGCUAAUUUGAUUCGAAGUUUAUUGUUUAUCAGCAAGUAUGAUAGAUAUUGUGUAUACACAAUGUGGACAAAAGUAUGAAGACAGAGUUGACUCGUCGCACACAUCACGUCUCUAAUAAACUCGCUUGUGCUUCUCAAACACAUCCAAAUAGAAAGUUCAAAAAUGACAAAUGCACACAUAUUGAUUAUUUACCUGUCUGUGUUUUCCAAUAAGUUUCAUUAAGAUUUUCUCAGCAUCUCAGCCAAUGUCGCCCACUGUGGUUGUUAACAUUGAGACAUCCUCUAAGGUUUCUGUUAUUAACUCAAGGGAGAAUGGCCACUUUGAAGAACUAAAUGGGGAAUAAACUACUGACAUUCUGUGUCUAUGACCGAGCGUCUACGAUGAGCUGUUAUAGGAAACAAUGACCAAACCAAUUUGUAAAUAUGUAAAGAAAUCAAUUUGUUCUUACUAUUGGUUUGAAAUGUCAACUAGGAAACAUAACACUGGAGCUUGUUGAGAAUAAAA